AGUACAGUACAAACCAAGCAAAGCAAAACAAAACCCUCGCAGACACGCACACACAGAGGAGAGGCAGAGAUGGCGCAGUCUCUAGAGCUCUUGCUGAUUCAGUUCCUCAUGCCCGAUAACGAUGCCCGCCGUCAGGCCGAGGACCAAAUCAAGCGUCUCGCCAAGGACCCUCAGGUGGUUCCUGCUCUCAUUCACCACCUCCGCACUGCCAAAACCCCCAAUGUCCGCCAGCUCGCCGCCGUCCUCCUCCGCAAGAAGAUCACCGGUCAUUGGCCCAAACUCUCUCCCCACAUCAAACUCCUCGUCAAGCAAUCCCUUAUCGACAGCAUCACCAUGGAGCACAGUCCCCCUGUGAGGAAAGCCAGUGCCAAUGUUGUGAGCAUUGUUGCCAAGUAUGCUGUUCCAUCUGGUGACUGGCCCGAUUUACUGCCCUUCCUCUUUCAAUGUAGUCAGAGUCCACAAGAAGACCAUCGAGAAGUGGCUCUAAUUCUUUUCAGCUCUUUGACUGAAACAAUUGGGAAUGCUUUUCGCCCACAUUUUGCAGACCUGCAAGCUCUUCUGCUCAAGUGCUUGCAGGAUGAAACUAGCAACCGUGUUAGAGUCGCCGCACUCAAGGCCGUGGGAUCUUUUCUAGAAUUCACUCAUGAUGAGGAUGAAGUGAUUAAGUUUCGUGAGUUUAUUCCAAGCAUCUUGAAUGUAUCAAGACAGUGCCUUGCCUCAGGAGAAGAAGAUGUUGCUAUACUUGCUUUUGAAAUUUUUGAUGAGCUGAUAGAAUCUCCUGCACCACUUCUUGGAGAUUCAGUCAAAUCCAUAGUGCAGUUCUCCCUUGAGGUUUGCUCAAGCCAAAAUUUGGAAUCCAACACACGUCAUCAGGCAAUUCAGAUUAUUUCAUGGCUAGCAAAGUACAAGUCCAGUACUUUGAAAAAACAUAAGCUGAUCAUCCCUAUUCUUCAUGUUUUAUGCCCUUUGCUUGCUGAAUCAACAAAUGAAAGUGAAGAUGAUGAUCUUGCACCUGAUCGAGCUUCUGCGGAAGUUAUCGAUACUAUGGCUUUGAACAUCCCAAAGCAUGUUUUCUCACCUGUUUUUGAAUUUGCUUCUGUAAGCUGCCAAAAUGCAAACCCAAAGUUCCGGGAAGCAGCUGUUACUGCAUUAGGUGUUAUUUCAGAAGGUUGUUUGGAGCCCAUGAAAAAUAAGUUGGAACCCGUUCUCCAUAUUGUCCUGGGAGCUCUGAGGGACCCGGAGCAAAUGGUGAGAGGGGCAGCUUCCUUUGCUGUGGGUCAAUUUGCUGAGCACUUACAGCCUGAAAUUGUAUCCCAUUAUGAAAGUGUCCUUCCCUGCAUUUUAAAUGCUCUUGAGGAUACAUCUGAUGAAGUAAAGGAAAAGUCAUACUAUGCUUUGGCUGCUUUCUGUGAGAACAUGGGCGAAGAAAUCCUUCCUUUUCUAGAUCCUUUGAUGGGAAGAUUGUUCGCAGCUCUCCAAAAUAGUUCCCGAAAUCUGCAGGAAACAUGCAUGUCCGCCAUUGGUUCUAUUGCUUCUGCUGCAGAGCAAGCAUUCAUUCCUUAUGCUGAAAGGGUUUUAGAGUUGAUGAAAAACUUCAUGGUGUUAACUAAUGACGAGGAUCUCCGUUCACGUGCAAGAGCAACUGAACUAGUUGGUAUCGUUGCAAUGUCUGUAGGGAGAAUGAGAAUGGAACCAAUAUUACCUCCUUAUAUAGAAGCUGCAAUUUCUGGAUUUGGCCUGGACUUCAGUGAGCUUCGGGAGUAUACCCAUGGAUUCUUCAGUAACGUUGCUGAGAUUUUGGAUGACAGUUUUGCACAGUAUCUUCCUCAUGUUGUGCCUCUUGCACUUUCUUCCUGCAAUCUUGAUGAUGGCUCUGCGGUUGACAUUGAUGAGUGUGAUGAUGAAAUCGCUAAUGGAUUUGGAGGGGUUUCAUCAGAUGAUGAAGCUCAUGAUGAGCCAAGAGUUCGAAAUAUAAGUAUUAGAACAGGAGUACUGGAUGAAAAGGCUGCCGCAACCCAAGCCCUCGGCCUGUUUGCACAGCACACAAAGAUAUCUUAUGCCCCCUAUUUGGACGAGACGCUAAGAAUCUUGGUUAAACACUCUGGUUAUUUUCAUGAAGAUGUUAGACUUCAGGCAAUCAUUUCUUUGAAACACACUUUAACUGCGGCUCAUGCAAUCUUCCAAAGUCAAAAUGAAGGAGCUGCAAAAGCAAAAGAUAUUCUUGAUACUGUGAUGGUUAUUUACAUCAAGACUAUGGUUGAAGAUGAUGACAAGGAAGUGGUUGCUCAAGCUUGUACUAGUGUGGCUGACAUCAUUGGAGAUUAUGGUUAUGCAGCUCUCGAGCCUUACUUGUCCCAGCUUGUUGAUGCAACUUCAUUAUUGCUUCGGGAGCAAUCUGCUUGUCAGAAGAUUGACUCAGACAGUGACAUCGAUGAUGAUGAUGAUAGUGCACACGAUGAAGUGCUUAUGGAUGCAGUUUCGGAUCUUCUCCCUGUGUUUGCAAAGGCCAUGGGUGCUCAAUUUGCCCCCAUUUUUGCAACGCUAUUUGAACCUUUAAUGAAAUUUACUAAAGCUUCCCAUCCCCCUCAAGAUAGGACCAUGGUAGUUGCUUGCCUCGCUGAAGUUGCUCAGAACAUGGGUUCUCCUAUUGCAGGCUAUGUGGAUCGGGUGAUGCCCUUGGCGCUUAAAGAGCUAGCAUCAUCUGACGCAACAAAUAGAAGGAAUGCUGCAUUUUGUGUUGGAGAGUUGUGCAAAAAUGGUGGUGAUUCAGCUUUGAAAUACUAUGACAAUGUAUUACGUGGACUUCAUCCCUUGUUUGGUGAGUCUGAGCCUGAUGAUGCAGUGAGGGAUAAUGCAGCUGGUGCUGUGGCAAGGAUGAUUAUGGUACACCCUGAAUCUAUCCCAUUAAAUCAGGUUGUUCCUGUUUUCUUGAGAGUUCUUCCAUUAAAAGAAGACCAUGAGGAGUCUAUGGCUGUCUAUAGUUGUGUCUCUACUUUAGUUGUCUCAUCCAAUCCACAAAUCCUUUCCCAAGUCCCUGAAUUAGUUAAUCUUUUUGCUCAUGUGGUGGCAUCACCUGUGGAGACAUCUGAAGUUAAAGCUCUAGUAGGCAGAGCUUUUUCUCAUCUUGUUUCAUUAUAUGGUCAACAAAUUCAACCCCUUCUGAGCAAUCUCCCACCUGCACACGCAAAUGCAUUAUCUGCAUUUGCCCCAAGGAGUUGAUCGUGGUAACACAUAGCAAAGUAAAAUUUUGUGUACUUCCUUACUUGAUCUACUUAUCAUGUACGUUUUUGAAGAAAUGAGUUGUUAUAAAGUUUUAAGAGGAGCUGUUAAGCCUUGGUGGAAGAUCGUUGCAUUUAACCAGGUUGCUGCUGUUUCUCCAGUGCCUUCUAAUUUUUCUUUUGGAGACACUGUUAUUCUUUUUGCCCCCCUGUUUUUUAAUUGUUUCUUGUGUCAUUUAUUUGAUUUUCAAAUGUAAUAUUAAUUAAAUUUUUUUUCUUCCAUUUUAAGAAAUUUUGAUUGUUGUGUUGUUUUCACUGGCUUGGAGGAGUGAGAGUUGCACAUGAGGUUUAUGUUCUGAAAAUCUGGACACUUUUCUAAAGUGUAGUGAUAUAUGUUCUCCAGUUUUAUAAA